AUGGAUUCUGUUAAUACGAAUAGGCCUCAUACACCCCCUCCUCCUCCUCCUCCUCCUCCUCCUCCUCCUUCUUCUACUCCUCCUCCUACUGCCUCUGCAGUUUGUACAACUCGAGAUCAACGUUUGCAGAUUCAAACGCUAUAUGACGCUGGUCUUAAAUACGCUCAAAUUCGCGAACAACUUGGGUUUACUAUUCGUCAAAUUCAAUAUGCUCUAAGUCAUCAAGUUACUCCGAAAAAGCGCUUAGGCAGGCCUUCUAUUCUUACGCAGGAGGAGAUCAAUGAGAUUAUUACAUGGAUCUGUACUUCAAAGACUAAUCGACGUAUGCCCUGGAUCAAACUUCCAAUUACUCUUGAACUUAACGUCAGUUACUAUUGUCUUCGAACAGCCCUACGAAAAGCAGGCUACUCUCGCCGUGUAGCACGUCGAAAGCCUCCUAUUUCCGAACGAAACCGACUUGCUCGACUUCAAUGGGCAAUUGAACAUCUCAAUUGGACCCUUGAUGAUUGGAAGAAGGUCUUAUGGAGUGACGAAACAUGGGUUAAUGGGGAUCGUCAUACAAAGACCUAUGUAACACGGCGUGCUGGCGAGGAAUGGGACCCUACUUGCAUUAUUGAACGUUUUCAACGUCAUAAAGGAUGGAUGUUUUGGGGUUGUCUUCAUGGAGAUACAAAGGGUCCUGGCCUCUUUUGGGAGAAAGAUUGGGGUACUAUUAAAGAAGAGAGCUAUCGAGCAAAGAUUCUCCCUAUAAUUGAUGGUUGGAUUCAACUCAAAAGACAAGAGGAGGAACAAUUGAUUUUUAUGCAAGAUUCUGCUCCUGCUCAUGCAGCAAGAGGCACUAUUCGAGAUCUUGAAGAAAGAGGCAUUAUCUGUAUCAAUUGGCCCUCAUAUUCUCCUGAUUUGAAUCCAAUUGAGGCAGUUUGGAAUUGGAUGAAGGAUUGGAUUCAAGAGCACUAUGAUGAUCGUCUUCGAGGGUACGAUGAGCUACGAGAGGCUAUAAUUGCUGCAUGGAACGCUGUACCAGCAAGCUAUCUUCUAGAGCUGCUUGAAUCAAUGCCAGCUAGAUGCCAGGCAGUCAUUGAUGCCAGUGGAUUGCACACUCGAUACUAA